AUGAACGGGUUCUACCACCCACCUCUUCUUAUAAAAGACAUUAAGCCCGGGCUGAAAAACUUAAAUGUCAUCUUUAUUGUCCUGGAAAUAGGACGUGUGACCAAAACCAAAGACGGCCAUGAAGUGACAUCGUGCAAAGUAGCCGAUAAAACGGGCAGCAUCACCAUUUCAGUGUGGGAUGAGAUCGGAAGUCUCAUACAGCCCGGGGAUAUUAUUAGGUUGACCAGAGGGUAUGCAUCCAUGUGGAAAGGUUGCCUAACACUUUAUACUGGGAGGGGUGGUGAACUUCAAAAAAUUGGGGAAUUUUGUAUGGUAUAUUCAGAAGUGCCCAAUUUCAGUGAACCCAAUCCAGAUUAUCGAGGCCAGCAAAAUAAAGGGGCAUACAGUGAACAGAAUAAUUCCUCAAGUAAUAGGAGUUCAGGUACAUUUGGAUCAAUGGGAAAUGAUGUUCAUACCAGCUCUGAAUCCAGGGGAUGCCAGUUUUCACAUGGUGGUAGAAGAGGAGGACCUGUAAAUCCAUCAGGAACAGCUAAUAAUCACACAGUUGUGACCACAAUAAUUAAUGGCAGGGACCCUCGAAGAGUGUCUAAAAGAUGA